AGUGCAUGUCUACAGAAAUUACUGGCGCCAGGGUUGACAGUGGCUGCUGCUUGAGCUGUCGCUAAAAGGCCAGUUUUUUUUUAGUUGGGCUUCCAAGCAGCUGAACAGAGCAGUCUCGCCUGAACUCAUGCAGGAGACAUUCAGAGAACCUGCAAGCGCAACUGCGUAUACCUGGAUACAGCGCCUGUCUGUUCUUUACAUAGAUACAAGGAAUAUCACCUGGGUCGUUUGCUUUUAAAGAUUGCAUGUGUUUAUUUCAACGCCUGCUGGGAACUUGUCCUGGAGUUUUGAAUGGUUGUGCGCGCAUCUGACAGCGGGUUUCAGAGUUUAAAAAGCACAGAAUCAACAGUCUGGACUCUUUUUCUUCUUUUUGUUUAAGUUCUUUUUCGAACUGUCACCAAUCUUUAAGCAGUUCCCUGCAGACUGAAAGCAAAGGAGAAGAAGAAAAAAACUCACAAAAAUAGUUUGUGUUUUUAAAACUAAAACAGUCUCUCUCGUCACACACACACACACACUCACUCACUCGCACAAAAUGGAAAUAGCAACCGACCAGCCUCGCUGGAUGGCUCACCAUCACGCCGUGCUAAACGGACAGCACCCCGAUUCUCAUCACCCGGGGCUGGCUCACAAUUACAUGGACCCGGCCACGCAGCUUCUGCCCCCGGACGAGGUGGACGUGUUCUUUAACCAUUUGGACUCGCAAGGGAACCCCUACUACCCGAACUCGGCGCACGCCCGGGCACGAGUGUCCUACAGCCAGGCUCAUGCUCGCUUGACCGGGGGCCAGGUCUGCCGACCUCACCUCAUCCACAGCCCCGGGAUCUCUUGGCUUGACAGCGGGAAAGCAGCUCUGUCAGCCGCCCAUCACCACAACGCCUGGGCGGUGAGCCACUUCACCAAACAGGGCCUCCACCCGGCCAAUACCGGGGCACCAGGCGGCUUGUCAGCGGUGUACCCUGGCAGCAGCGGCGCCAGCACAAGCACCGUAUCCUCGCUCACUUCAGCCUCCCACUCCAGCCAGCACCUCUUCAGCUUCCCUCCCACUCCGCCCAAGGAUGUCUCUCCAGAUCUGGGCGCAGCGUCCCCCUUGUCCGCUAGGUUAGACGAAAAGGAGUCUCUCAAAUACCAGGUCUGCCUGGCAGAAAGCAUGAAGAUGGAAGGAUCAAGUCCACUGCGGAGCAGUCUGGCGUCGAUGGGAUCCCAGACCACGUCCACUCACCACCCGAUACCCACUUACCCCACUUACUCUCUGCCCGGAGCGCAUGAGUACGGCGGAAGCCUUUUUCACCCCGGUAGCCUCCUCGGGAGCGCUUCAUCGAGCUUCACCCCAAAAUGCAGGAGCAAAACCAGGUCAUGUUCAGCAGAGGGUAGAGAAUGCGUCAACUGCGGGGCCACGUCGACCCCUCUGUGGAGGCGAGACGGCACCGGGCACUAUCUGUGUAACGCCUGCGGGCUGUACCACAAGAUGAACGGGCAGAACCGACCGCUCAUCAAGCCCAAAAGGAGACUGUCUGCUGCCAGAAGAGCGGGGACCUGUUGCGCCAACUGCCAGACAACCACAACCACGCUGUGGCGACGCAACGCUAACGGGGACCCGGUGUGUAACGCGUGCGGGCUGUAUUACAAGCUGCACAAUAUAAACCGACCUCUCACCAUGAAGAAAGAAGGCAUCCAGACCCGCAACCGCAAGAUGUCCAACAAAAGCAAGAAGAGCAGGAAGGGCCCCGACUGCUUCGAGGAGUUCUCCAAGUGCAUGCACGACAAGCCCUCCUCCUUCAGCGCCGCUGCCCUGUCAGGGCACAUGCCUCACAUGGGCCACCUGCCCCCCUUCAGCCACUCGGGACACAUCCUGCCCACCCCCACGCCCAUCCACCCCUCUUUCGGGCACCCCCACCACGCCAGCAUGGUGUCCGCCAUGGGGUGAACCCCUCCACCCCCCAGCACAGGGGAGGAGGAGGAUGAGGGGGGAUUGGACUGCAGACUCACUGCCAGGGAGAGCGCUGGUGGUGUGGAGGGCAUGGCUUUCAAUGCAUUCAUUCGGACACCAGGAGGAAACAUUUAUGGACCAAUGUGUGACUUGGAGAUGUUUUCGGUAGGGCUGUGGAGAGGAAUGUUCCUGUGAGGAAGGAGGCUGUUUUUUUUUUUUUGGUUCUCAAGCAGGAAUGUGUGGACACUGCCGGUAAAGCGAUUUGGCACACGUUUCAGUCACCAAAUCACCGCUGAUCAACCAACUAACUAGCAGACCAGUGAACUACUCUCCCCCCCUAGCCCUCUCUCACCCAGCUGCUUCAAACCUGAAUCAGAACCCUGGCCAUCUCUCUGAACCAGGAUAAAGCUUCAGAGAAGAGAUGCUUUGAUUUCUAACUGUGAAUAUUGUAAAUGAAGAAGAAGCAGCAUACAAUGUACAAGAGAAGACUCUUUACAUCAUUUCGUUUCUCUGAGAAAGCUGUUUUACUCGUCAGAGAUCAUCGAGCCACCGUUCCUGUAGGCAUGUCUGAGCUGUUAGUGAGGAGAACGUGGAUCUGUCUUAAUGGAAGUGUUUGCUGAUUCAUUUGAAUUGGGGAGGGGAGGAGUUUUCGGAGGAUUGUCCCACAAUUUAAUCUACUGAUUAUUAUUUUUCUCCUUUUAAAAUAUUUAUGUCCUUAUCCCAAAUUACAUUUAUUAAAAAAAAAAGGAAAAAAAAAGUAUUUGGUUGACUUGUUGUAGUUUUCAAUAUGUUAAAAGUUAUCGUGAUGAUUCCUAGUGUGUGGAAGCCUUAUGGUAAACUAUAGUAAAUGCGCAGUAUAACCAUGGGAAAAGUGAUGGGUAAAAAUACCAGGCAAAUUUACUGUGGUGAAUUUUUAU